AUGGCUCCCGGAAUGAAUUUAAUAAGAAGUGUCGGGAAAAAGGUAAUUGUGGAGUACGGAGGGCAUAUCUAUUCUAUGCCGAAGCAAGACUUUGAGCAUGGGUCCCACUCGGAUAGACAACCAAGAUCUUACGAAAAACAAGAAGAAUUUGGCCCAGAACAACACCAUCAGAAUGUGUCCAAACAUGUUGGAGGUGUUGAUCACGCACUUUCCGACACGUGUAGUGAGUUAAGUGAUUUGAACUUAUCCAACGAUUAUUGCACGUCCAAAGCGACGAACCCGGUACAUCCGGUAGUGUCCAGUAGCGCUGCAAAAGUACUUUCGGAACUUAAGGAAGAAGUGACAAGGUUGAUUGAUGAAUCGAUACACAAAAUUGAACUCGAAUGGGUACAGAACUCGAAAACGGUUGCCGAUGCGACGUGUGAAGCAGUUCCACCCGAAGCAACGAUGGAUUCGAUCCAAUGUGGGGAAGAUACCUCCAGAAAUCUGCACCCGGAUGGUGACCGGGGUCAACUGACGCACAGGGAGCAAAAUUUGCAAGUACUUCAUACGGAAUUGUUUGCAACAAGUAAGCGACAAACGCGGAUGAAGCUGCUAAACGAAAUUCGUGAGCUUGUGGAGCGUUUAAAGGAUAUGGAAACGUUGGAAACAUAAUAGAACUUAGUGUAAUGUUUUAUUUUGGAACAAUUUUAAUGUCAGAGAAUAUACUAUGGUACAAUGUUGU